AUGAGCGGCACGGCGGAGGCGCGGGAGCUGGAGGAGCGGCUGCGGGAGGCGGCGGCCCUGGGGGACGUGGCGGAGGUGCAGCGGCUGCUGGCCGCGGGGGCAGACAUCGACUCCCGCAACGAGAUCAAUGGCUGGACCUGCCUGCACUGGGCCUGCAAGCGGAACCAUGCCCAAGUGGUGUCCUGCCUGCUGAAGGCUGGUGCAGACAAGAACAUCCUAACUGCUAAGGGAGAGCUGGCGGCACAGCUAACAUCGAAACCGGACAUCCGCAAGAUUUUGGGAGAGGAACAAACUGAAUGUCAAGGAUUGAAGGAUUUAAAUUUACCCAUUGUUGUGAACUACUUGGCCAAUCCACCAUUCCCUAACGUUUGUACUGAAGAAAGCAUUCCAGGCAGCUUGGCAGAAUCCCAGAAUGAAAGCGCUUCCAUCUCUUCUGCUUCCCAGAAUGAAACUAGCCCAUGUCCAUCAGCAACUCGGGCCGAAAGCACCUGCACACCCAAGUCAAGCAGCAGCAAGACUUUCCCAGCACCAGAUGCUGAAGCCAGGCCACCCCCCGUGCCCCCCAUCGCUGCAGCCAGCCCAGGGGUGCCCUAUGGCCCCAGCUGCCCCCCAGCCAUGCCCCCCAGCCAUGGGCCCUGCUCUCCAGGAGCGUCCAGCCAGGCCAUGCCUCUGCAGCCAGACGCCUUCCCCAGCAGCCCUGCACCUGCCUUCCAGCCCAUCUUCUUCACUGGAACAUUCCCCUAUAACAUGCAAGAACUUGUGCUCAAGGUCAGAGUCCAGAACCUUAGAGACAAUGACUUCAUUGAGAUUGAACUGGACAGACAGGAAUUGACCUACCAAGAUCUGCUCAGAGUGAGCUGCUGUGAACUGGGUGUUAAUCCAGAGCAAGUAGAGAAGAUCAGAAAACUACCCAAUACACUCGUAAGAAAGGACAAGGAUGUUGCCAGACUCCAGGACUUCCAAGAGCUGGAGUUGGUCCUUCUGAGAAGUGACAGCUCUCCUUUCCUGAACGCUGCGGCCAUGCUGACAGAGUGGCCAUGCUACAACAGCAGAGCAUCCAAGCUGACCUACUGACCCUGAGAGCUGCAACUGCAAUGUGAACACCUGGCAGUGACAUGUGCUGCCUUUGGAAGGCAGCAACUUAAAUGUGUGUAAAAAACCUUAAGUUAUUAUUAGGGUUACUAUUUUAACUAAUAUUUUAUAUUUAAUAUCCUGUUUGCUUUUAUUUUUUUACUUGAUACUGUAUUCAGCCAAGGGAUACCUCAUUUGUCUAGUAAAAUCACAUGCUUCCAAUAUAUUUCAAGGAAGUUUAUUGGUUGUAUCUGGCAGUGAAGUCACAAAAGAUGUAAUUAUUGAUAUGAAAAUUAUGUUAAGUAUACCCACUCUGACCAAGUAAGAUGUAUGGAAAGAUUCGGGAAAUUGUGUGUCUCUGUGCAUAUAUAUGCAUUUUAAACUUCCUUAUUAAAUUAAAAGAGGCACACAAUGAAUAGUUGCUCUCUAAAAAUGUAAAUGUCCUUAAUCUUUGCACCUCACAAACACACCAAGAUGGGUUGUCUGGAGAUAUUUAAUCAUCGUAAGUGGCAGGAGAAACCCUUUUACUGGGCUGAAAAUAAGUGGAAUAAGCAUGUCCAUAUGUAAAUGAUUAUACCCCGCCCCAUGAGAAUAUUGUACUUCCACCAAAAAAAUACAAAAGCCUCUCAUAAAUGUUCCUUAAUUAAGUCUCAAUCAAGUUGGAGUGCCCUUUCAAGAGAAAGCUUGUGUUUCAGGAGAUGGGGAGGGGUCCCCCAAUCUGCACCUGUGGUUUUAUUUACUUCCUGACCGAUGUGAGCCUGUGCAUUACUCACAGCAGGUGUCAGUAUUACCAAGACAGGGAAGCUCUUUGUGGCCAUCCCUCAUACACUAGUUCCAAGGAGGGCUGUGGUUUCUGCUGUGUGAGAAGCACAGUUGUGUCCUCAUGAGAUGAGAGCUGGAAGGAACACAGCAUGCUUUUAUGAGCCACUAGAUGGGAAACACCCCACAAGCAAGUAACUAACUUGUAACUUUACAUCAUGCAGUCUACUGUCACUGUUACAUAGCCUUGUUUUAGCCAUGUGAGUACUGAAAGGGCUGAAUGCCAGGUGCUUUAAACUUCUUUUUUUUCCCCUCUUCUUUGUGGGGAGUGAAAAAAAACCAUCUCUGGUUAAACUACAGACUUUUUAACUUGCAUCUAAGCAAGUCAGUAAUGAAAAAAAUGAUUUGUAGGUUAAAGUGUUUAAGUCACAGCAUUUCUGGAGUAUAAAUAGCUUGAAGCCUUUCCCGAUUAAAAUGGCAGCCUGGGAACUUACACAUUUGGAGGCUGUUUUCUUUUUUACCAAAAGAUAUGAUGCUGACUUUUGCACCAAAAGCCUUAAUUGAAUCCUGUGGUGGGUGAGAAACUUGCUUUAACUGCAUGAGCUUUUUUCUCCCCUCCGUUCCCCCCUCCUCCCCCCACCCCAAACUGUAUUGAUUUUCCUUCCAUCUCUGCUUUAUGAAGCUGCACUAGAGCAGUUUCUGCACAGCUGGCGCUGUGUUUGUUGUCGAUCUGGACUGCAAUGUUGACAGUCAAACUAUAAAUAGUACAGCACCAUGUUCUGGUAGAAGCAGCAUGGCUGCCAUCCUCCCUGGGUCCUGCUUUACCCUGGAAGACUCCCUCAAGCUGCUGCAUGCCAAGAGAACACAGAAAUCCCUUCUGCCAGCAGAGGAGUUGCUUGACUCUGGGCUCACCAAGUUACUUAGUCUUAAAAUUCUUGCUUACUGCAGUCAAAAUAAUUAAAAUCCCUUUGUCCCUACACAUCACCUUAACCAUGCUAACUUCCUAUUCUCAAUCCUGGUUUUUUCUUCAACCAGGAGCUGAGCUACUUUAAUGCCAGAUUCAACCCUUGGGAAGCUCAAGACUGAGACACAGUAUGAAGUAAAACUUCUUAACUGAGGUUCCUGCUUUGUUUUUCUUGUAGGACAGGAAAGAAGGUUUUAUUUUAACAAUUGUGUAUUUAUCUUUCCAGGCAUAGCUUGGAGGCUAGCUCAGAUUAAGUGCAAUAACUGUCUGAAAAACAGUAGUGGUUAAAUGGCUCAAAAUUAAUAGGAGUAUCUGAUUUCUUUCCCGUACCUUAAUUUAGGAAGUCAGUGUAAGGACUGUCUCCACUAAUUACUGAGCAUUCUGCUAGAGGGAAGCUGGUUUAAAAACCUUUAUUUCUCUAGUUUCCACCAAGAAUAACAGUUAAUGUGUUAAACUCCACUCAUAAUCUGACUGUAGUAACAGUAAAUCUAUGCAGAAAAAUAUUUUUGUAUGUUUUAUGCAGUUUGAUAAACUCUAAGACACACUAGUUAUGUUAACUGGUUUUGUUGGGCUUUUUCUUUGAACAAUAAACUGUUGGAAUGACAACUGA